AUGGCAAGUUCCGACGCCAUCCAAGUAAAGGCACCGCCGCUUCCACCAGGAAGUGGGAAAGGACUUGCUGAACCAGGCGCUCAGUCUCAAUCAUUGGGUGUAGCACACGUGAGCGAGACGGUUGGCUUCGGAUCCAGUGGUUAUUCACUGUCUGCUGUAGAUAACGGCAGAAUUCUGGCCCUAGUGCAUGCAAAAGGCACUUUACUCUAUAGCCGGAAGGACACUGAGCGUGCUUCGGAAGCCUUUCAGGAAGCCGUGCUGAUCAGCCUUGGACGACGGGUUACUGGGAUCCAGGAACUCAUUUGUCAUAUUCAAACCGCGCUUUCGCCAAGGACAUGUCAAAAUACUGAUGGCCAAAAACCACAGGCUCUGCAGCCGUUGAUGUUGUCACCGGAAAGAGCUCGUCACACAGCCCAUCUUGUUUUUGGUGGUACCGGUGAACUACCCGGUCUCCAAUAUCUUCGAAACGGACCAUCCAAACGCGCUGCUGUGCAAACGACGAGCAAUUCAUUGCUAUCGUUGGCUAAAAUUUUGCAGGAUGCAAUGUCUAGUGGCAAAGUGGAUUUUGGCCUAUUUCGUGGCUCAUCACAAGUCGGUGACAUACUUGCUCUGUACUAUCUUUCUCUGUCGCUCCAGGAGAGCCCAUCUACAGCCAAUAAUGUUGGCAUUCUCCUUGCUGGGAUUCAACAAGGCAUUACUACGCCCUCAAACAUGGUGGCGGGAACAAAGCCGCAAAUUGGUAUACCCGGUAUUGCACCCGGUAGUGGCCUUGCCCUAGCCCUUGCGUAUUAUAAUUAUGGCCUUCGACUCGAUCCAAAUCAUGUUCAUCUUCAUACGAAUCUCGGCAGCUUGCUGAAAGACGUUGGUAAACUGGACUUGGCAAUACAAAUGUACGAACGCGCAGUAUCCUGUGACGGCACGUUUGAUAUUGCCCUCACAAAUCUUGCCAAUGCUGUCAAGGACAAGGGUCGGAUUAAUGAUGCCAUUUACUACUACCGACGCGCCGUAAACGCGAAUCCUGGGUUUGCGGAGGCCGUAUGCGGGCUUUCUACGGCCCUCAAUUCCGUUUGCAACUGGCGUGGCCGUGGCGGCGUUUUCCUCCAAUCUGGGAAGUACGACCGGUGGCAUGUCGAUAGCGAUGGAGUGCUCGUUGACGCUUUGACUAGUAGGUGUGGUAGGGGUCUCACAAAGCGCGUCGUCGACAUCGUGAGCCAACAACUCAAGGAUGCAUCCCACUGGGGACGAGGCAUGCUACGGGAAUCCACUACAAAUGAAUUAGUGAAGCAACUACAGUGUCUUUGCAAGGAUCCAUCGUUCCGACUAGAGGAGGCCCUUCGCCGUUGGGCUGGUCAGCCGUGGGAAGGAUCUCGUCUCCUGCGACUGAUAGAGCGUGCCACACGCGUGUUAUUGAGAAAUUAUUACAGGAAUCUAUAUCUGUGUGGACAAACUAACCGAUUGUCAUACGACAGACCGAAACUGCCGCCAAAUCUUAGUGUCCCAUCAGCACCCACGGUGCUUCCAUUUCAUACCUUCACGUGUCCCUUAACAGCGAGACACAUAAGAGCGAUUGCUCAACGAAAUGCUCUCCGUAUAUCGAGCUCGACACUGCGAUCACCGUGGGUUUCUGCCACAAUGUACCCUCCUCCUCCUCCUCCUCAUCCGCAUUUGAAUGUGGGUUAUAUAUCCUCGGAUUUCAACAACCACCCAUUAGCUCAUUUGAUGCAAUCGGUAUUCGGAUUUCAUGACCCCGAUCGAGUGCAAGCUAUUUGCUAUGCCACCACACCAAGUGACGGUUCUGUUCAUCGCCAGCAGAUUGAGAACGAGUCGCCGGUGUUUAGGGAUGUCAGCAACUGGCCACCAGAUAAAUUGGUUGAACAGAUUGCACAGGACGAUAUUCACAUACUGGUAAAUCUGAAUGGUUAUACCAGAGGUGCAAGGAACGAAAUCUUUGCGGCUAGGCCGGCACCCAUUCAAAUGUCGUUUAUGGGAUUUGCUGGCACCUUGGGUGCUGAGUGGUGCGACUAUAUUCUAGCCGACAAAACCGCAGUCCCACCAACCACUCUUCGCCCUUGGAGGGAUAACGUGUCAAUCGAAGAUGUGUUCUGUGACAACAAUGAAGACCCCACAGGCGAUUGGGUGUAUUCUGAGAAUGUUAUUUUCUGCCGCGACACCUUUUUUUGUUGCGAUCACGCACAGUCAUGCGCAGGCGACGAGAAAGAAACCAAAUGGGCCGAGGUGGAGAGGCGGAGGUGGGAGAUGAGAAAGGAAUUAUUUCCCCAUUUAAAAAAUGAUGCCAUCAUACUCGGCAACUUCAAUCAGCUCUACAAGCUUGGUUACGCAUUCUGGCUCGUGUUCCACGAGCUGUUUUAUGGCUUCUUCGGUUUCCAGAACCCGGUGAGAGCAACCUACGAGCGACAGCUAAAGCGUGGGCUGGGCCCGAAGUAG